AUCCCUCUUUUUCUCACGAACCAAACGCACGCCUACUGACCUACCCAGCACCGACCACCGCGGCGGAGGAUUUCCUCGGUGGCGCCGGGCGCGCCUCCAUCCCAGGCGAAGCCAGCUCCCAUAGGCAUGGAGAGAAGGGCCCCAGCCGGCCGCCCGAAACCCUAGCCCGAGCGGUCCGUGACAUCGCCGGUGCGGCCGCCGCCGCCACACCUCGUCCGGCCGCGGUACGAUCUCCGCGACGUCCCCAAGCUCCUCCCUUGUUCUUCCCCGACGCGUGGUAUCCCCGAAAGGAGCGAGCUUUUCCCUUGUUUGAAGGAUAACGCCCGCCGUCGUCCCGCUCGGGAGACCCACCCAGCCAUCCCCACCCUCCUCCCCUUCUCCGUUCACUCCCUCGCCGCCGGUGCCCCGCCGCGUUGGUCCCUCUCCCGUAGCGUGCUGUAGGCGCGGCGGAUCUGUCUGUCGGGAGCCGGUGCUGCGGCUUCUUCUUGGGAAAAACCCCAAAUCCCCAAACCCUCCAAUCUCAAUCGCGUCGGCUCCUGCCAUUCCGCCAUCCCGGCAGCAUGUACUACGAACAUCAAGGGCCUCGGUGCAGGUGCCCCCAUGGAGCCCAGUGUUCCGGAGUACCGCCCUACGGUGGCCUUGCGGCGGCGGCCUUGAACAGCCGCGUACGGCCAUUCCCCAUGGAUGCAGCGACGGAGGCCCAGCUGCGGGGAGUUGGCGUGGUCACCAGAGGACUGGAUGCUAAAAUCGUCACCCUGCUCUCCUGCGUCCACGCCGUCCUCCCCUCUCCGCCCGUCGUCUCCAGCCACGCCGACCUCUCUGCAUCCCUUCUCACCCCACCUUUGGACGGCGGCGACCGCAUCAGCGACCUCCCCGACAAGAUCCUCCGCGACAUCGUCUCCCGCCUCCCUGUCAAGGACGGCGCGCGCACCGCCGCGCUCUCCUGCCGCUGGCGCGGCGUCUGGCGCUCCACCCCGCUCGUCCUCAUCGACACUGACCUCCUCCCUGUCGGAAGCGGCUCGGGCCUGCAGGUUGCGUGCGCUGAUGCAGCGCACCAGGUCGCGUCCGCCGUCUCCUGCAUCCUGCACGCUCACCCGGGGCCCUUCCGCUGCGUCCACCUCAUCGGUAGCUACCUGGGGCAGUACCCCGAGGUGCUCGCGUUCUGGCUGCAGCUCCUCGCCGCCAAGGGCGUCCAGGACCUUGUCCUCGUCAACCGCCCGUGGCCGCUCGACAUGCCCCUCCCGCGCACCCUGUUCGACAUGGCAACCCUCACCCGCCUGUAUCUCGGCGUCUUUAAGUUCCCUGACACGACCGGCAUCCGGCGCGCUGUGGCAUUCCCCUACCUCCGCGAGCUCGGCCUUUGCUGGGUGGCCAUGCUGAGGCCGGAGGAUAUGGAUUUCAUCCUUGCCAGGAGCCCUGUGCUGGAGAUCCUCUGCAUCCAGGGGAACAUGCUUGUGAACCACCUAGAUCUUGUCAGCCGCAGCCUCCGGUGUGUGCAGAUCAUUGAAGGCGUUGAUCUGAACAUAACAGUCAAGUACGCCCCACAUCUUGAGCGGCUCAUUAUCUGGUCAUCAUUUAUCCAAGAUGACCUGCCCAGGUUGGUCAAGAUUGGCCAUGCCCCCGCGCUAAGCGUAAUUGGCUAUUUGGAACCGGAGAGGCACGCACUAGAGAUCCGCAACACCGUCAUCAAGGCUGGGACAAGGGCGAGUCCGUACACCAUGGUCCCAAGCGUCAAGAUCCUCGGCUUAAGAGUCUACUUUGCCAUCCGCGACAAUGCUAAGAUGCUGCCCAGCUUCCUCAGAUGCUUCCCCAAUGUUGAGACGCUUCAUCUUGAGUCCAAGGAGACUUAUCAGCCCACUGGCAAGCUGAGCUACAAGUUCUGGCAGGAGGUUGGUCCCAUCAAAUGUGUGCAGUCACACAUUAAGCUGAUGGUCUUCUAUGGCUUCCGAGGGGAGCGGGGCGAGCUUUCCUUCCUCAAGUACUUCCUGGAGAGCGCACCGAUGCUGGCAAAGCUGGUUAUUAUCUAUAACAAGCGAAGUUUUACUUCAUUGACUGAGGUGAACUCCAAAGUGCAACCUCUGUUUGCUGCAAAAUGGGCCAGCCAAGACUGUUCGCUGUUGCUCUUGGAGAGUGCAUUUCAAGAAGGUGAAGACAAGUGGUUGCUGAACUUCAAAACAGGAUCUGAUUUCUCUACAAGGGACCCGUUUGCGUGCGCUGCUGCUCUUGGUGGGUGCCAUUUUUAAGGAGAAGGCUUUGUGUUCAGUGAAGAUUGGAAAGAGGUUUUUGAGUUUCUACUAGGGGCUCUUUUGAGUUCAGCGGGUGAUUAGCUUUUCUAGGGAAACACAUUGUUAUGCUCUGUUGCCGUAGCUGUAGAGAUGAUCGACGAAUCUACUCCGAACACCUCAGCUUACACAUUUAGGAUUAGUGCUAUUUGUGAUUUGAUUAGGCAAAGAGAUGCUAGCAUUGUAAAAGUAAGCGGUGAGGUAAACACUGUAAGCCCUCUAGACUAGGUAGGUUACAGGGUCGAACAAAGCUUUAGCUCAGGGAUAUACCCCAGGAAGCGAUUGCCUUCGAUUGUAAACCUUUUUUUGGUCAGAGUUCCUCGUUUUACUCGCAAGACGACCUUUCAGAUGUUGGUGCAAAAGACUGUUGCUCAAAUGCAGUUUCCUGCGGUUUGUUUA